UGAUUGAGCUGCGAUCCCUCUCUGCUGCGAGUUUUGCGAUCUCUUCUCUGACGACGGCGUCGUCUCGGUAGGGCAGGGAACGGCUGUUCGCGCGUGCUUCUGCAUGCGCUUUUUACUCCACCGGGGUGCCCAGCUUGUCUUCGGCUCUGCGGCUGCAUUGCCGACUCGCAGCCAGGAAUCAUGGAGCCUCUACAUGUCACAGAAUUCGGGUCGGAGCGCUACCUGGAGAAGUUUAACCAGUCACAGCAAAAUGCCACGCCUGCCGCAGCUCCUGGCGCCGGACUCUCCCAAUCCCCGUUCAUACUCCCCAUUCGGGGCUCCAAUCUGUCUGAGCCCGAAAGCGCACCCCACAAAGCUGGCGAACAGAAGCGAUCCGACAAGAGAAGUUUGAACUUCUUCAGGAACAAAUUCCACGUCAAAGGCUCUUCGGUCACCACCGCGAGCAGCACCGACCAUUCCGAGCGAAGAGCCUCGUCGACUCCUUCGGCCGCACCCAAGCAACGCGUUCCGUUUGACCAGCUCUUCGUUGCCCUGCCGAACGAAUUGCAGGUGGAGAUCAUCGCCUCGCUCCCGCUCUCAGACGUGCUGAAUUUGCGGCUGGCGUCCAGAUCAAUGCACGCUCUGGUUUCGCUGAAUGAGUCGCCCAUAGCUCGCUAUCAUCUCGACCAUCAUGUGCCCGCGUACGCCAAGCGUCUUUACCCCCCUCCGGAGGGCGUCCCGUUGAACCUGCAUUACCUCUGUGGGAUAUGGCACCGACUCCACGUUGCUGCCAAGUUAUCCUACCUAAUGUGCGAAUGGAUAUCGAAGGAGCUGUUCCUGAGGAACACGGAGGAAAAGAAGAGGGAAUUUGCGCCACAGAGGGAACGGAUGCGACGGCGUCUCAUUCCAGUGCUCUUCACUGUGUUUCACUUUUUCGAGACUUACCGGAAACUGCACCUCAAGUACAUCGCCGAGCACGACGGCAACGGACUGCACCGCACCCCGUACACCGUCAACCCGAUUGAGGCCGAAAUCCUCAGCAUGUACGAUGAUCGAACUCUUUUGCGCGUCCACGAGGCGUUCCCCUUGGUGAUCUCGUCCUUCUGCAGACGCCUUCGACCUCCGUCAUAUGUCGGCCGGGUUGAGCGAUCGUUAAGGGGGUAUCUUAGGGAUAGACCGCCGGAUGAGGUACACGUCGCGAUCCUCUGUCUUGGCGGCCUGCGGGAGGUGGAGAGGAUAUGGGAGGUCAAGGGUUACAAUGCUCGACGGGCAGCCGUCGAUAGCUGGUAUGGGUCCAUCACCCGAGAGGCGACCGAGCCGGAGACGAAAAAACGGCGGGGGGUGCUGGGGCUCAAACGCAAGAAGUCGUCGAUCGCCUCGAUCAACAGCGGCACGAACGACACGAGCUCGAGCUCUGGGAGUUCAAGCCAUGCGAGUGUUGCCCAAGGGAAGCAGCCGGAGAGUCUUGUUUUCUGCACCAGUCUCGCCGCCGGCAUGCCCAUGGGUAGUCUGACUCGGGAAGAAGCAAGAAUGCUCCUUCCCGACCUGCCGGUACUGCAGAAGAUCUGGUUGGAAACGGCCGAGACCAUGAUUCUCGACCGCAAAAUCGUCGAACGACCUUCAGACAUUCGACGCAAUGCGCAAAUAUUGACCGACCUCAUCCGUGAAGAUGGCGUCGACGAUGAGGACCAGUGGCUGUACGGCACUGUCGCCCCCGACUCUGUCCGACCGAAUCUGGACGCGAUCGAGGAGGACUCCUUGGAGUAACAUGCGGAACACAUUCCAUGCACCGAGCAUUCCCUUUCUCUUGUUUGCCAUUCUUCUUUCAAUCGACCAGAGGGGCAUGGACCCUGAGACGUCAGCCAGGCCCGGUUCCAACGAUUCACUCACCACCGAUUAUCAUCCACCACAAUCUGCCGCACACUAUGACAGCAGCCCGACAGCCGGAUCGAGCUUUUCCUAUGUUGCAACUUUAUUUUCCUUUUUUCUUUUUUUUUU